GACGUUCCCAGCCUGUUAUGAUGACGUAGCACGCUACAACGUGAUCAUGACAUGUGUCCUUGGGCUGCGUGUGUGAGAGACUGCAAGACAUACCUGCUAAAAUACACUUUUCUACAUGAAUAAAGCUUUUUUAGAUUUUUGAGUCACCCCCUUGUGGUGGGAACACUGAAUCACAACAGACAUGGCAUUGAGUCACCUGAACCUCCUGCGGCCAGUUAUGUGCAGACUUCUGCCUGCCGUCGUGAGGACCCCCUUUGUGGCCCACAAAGCAGUCCCAUCCACGCCCCCUGCAAGCCGUGCUGUGAUUCUACCGAAUUAUGUUCGCCAUUACGCCACAAAGAAGAGUAAAGUGAAGGCAAAAGCACAGACAGGCAAAGUGAACAUCAAUGCGGCGUUGGUGGAGGAUAUUAUCAGUCUGGAAGAGGUGAAGGAAGAUAUGACCGCCGUCCUGGCUGCCCUAAAAGAUGACUUCAGUCGUAAUCUCAGCAUUCGCACCUCACCAGGUGCAUUGGACCACAUUACAGUCACCACAAACGAUGGCAAGUUUCCCCUCAACCAGCUGGGCCAGAUAUCCAUGAAGUCUCCACAGCUCCUUGUGGUCAACAUGACCAGCUUUCCAGAGGCUACAGCAGCCGUCACCCGUGCCUUACAAGAGAGCAGCAUGGGACUGAAUCCGGAGGUUGAGGGCACCAUCAUCAGGGUGCCUAUUCCCAAGGUGACUCGAGAACACAGGGAGAAUCUGGCGAAACUGGCCAAGCAGUUCGGCAACAAGGCCAAAGAGUCACUGAGGAGAGUCCGCGCCAACGCCGUCAAUCAAGUGAAGAAGUCCAAAGAAGGCGUCUCUGAAGACACCAUCCGCUUGAUAGAAAAACAGGUUCAACAAAUGGCAGACGGUUACGUGACAGACAUUGACAAACAGCUGGCAACUAAAACCAAGGAGUUACUUGGUUGAUGACAAAGACAACAACAUCGCCUGUUUGUUUCUGUGCUCUGCUUGUGACUCAAACAAAAUCCCUCUACUCCAAACAAAAAAACACCUAAUGAUGGCAGUGAUGGAAGCAAGUGCCGAAAGUAGUGUUUGUGCAUUUUCCUCACGAGUAAACAAAUGUUAGCAUGGCACGUCAGGGGCUUUCGCCGCUCCUUGCGUUCACAUCUUCAAACAAACAAAUGGCGGACAAAUGAACUUUUAAUGCGAUUUGGGUAACUCCUCCUAAUCAAAGCGAUGCCACAAAUGUGGUGUUUAUGUAAAAAGCACUGCACUGAUUGUAAACUGUGGUUUGUACAGGAUGGUGAAAGUCACACAGGGUGGAGAGAAAAUGCGCACAACAACAUGCAUCAUUUUUUUGUAUUGACUUAAAAUAAAAUGUGUCAGUUUGUGGUACUGGUGCCGUAGCCA